AUGGGCUGCAUUUGCACCAAAACCAUGAAGAAGGCGUCCCGGACCAUCAUUGAGAAAUACUACACAAGCCUGGGUAAUGACUUCCACCCCAACCAGCACGUGUGUGAGGAGAUCGCCAUUAUUCCCAGCGAGAAGCCUCGGAAUGAGCAGCGGAGUCACAGAGGGCCUGUGAGAGGCAGCUCCAUCCGGCUGCAGGAGGAGGGGACAGAAAGGAGAGAGAAUUCUGUACCAGAGGCUUCAGCCCUGGAUCAGGAGAUCAUUGAAGUAGAUCCUGACACUAAGGAAAUGCUGAAGCUUGUGGACUUUGGCAGUCUGUCCAACCUGCAGGUCACUCAGCCCACAGCUGGGAUGAAUUUCAAAACGCCAUGUGGAGCCAUUUGA